GACAGCUUUUGUUUGGCACGCAAAUCUGUUUUCUUUCGUGUUGAUUUGCCCUUAUGAUGACGUAAAAUCCAGGCCAACAGCUUGUAGCUGAAGCCUAAAUUUUCAUUUUUGGUGUUCCCCUGGACAUUGGGAUAUUUUUGUUCCCAAAAAGAAAUUAGCUUUCCCCACUUUUUAUAUUUUUGUUUUUGAUCACGUAUAGACAUAUAUAUAACUAGACAAAGACAAUAUGGCUGGUCAUUACACUAUUGCAGGAAAAAAGAUUCCUACCUACAAGCUCUCCAUGUUUUUCAUCGGCGCUUAUGCUGCUGCCGGUGCGUACUCCGUGAUGAAGCCUAAGGCCCCCCAACCAGCUACACCACCAAUUCAAGCUUCUUCUGCUGACGAAGAAGCCUUCAUUCGUGAAUUCCUUCAACAAGCCGAAGUCGAAGAAAAGAAGAACUAAAGCCUUCCACCAGUAGUUUACAUGGACUUGGAAAAAAAAAAACAAAAAAACCAUGAAGGAUUCCAAGGGAAGAGCGACCAUUCUUUUCAACACAAAUAUCAAUUAUUUCCAAUAACACACACAGAAACAAAAGAAGAAAAAAAAGAAAAAAAAGAUAAUAUCCCGCACCCGUAUCUAAUCUAUUUUAUAGCUUGAGGCAAAUGUGUACCUUAUCACAGUGAUUAGCAAUGCACUCUGAAAUAAACACAAUUGGAAACCAUCAACCACCUUAUUAUGGGAACGCUGAUGAUGAAUGCAGUCUCUUCAAAGAGCGCAUCCCAUGGAAACUGACGGUUAGACAUUUUGAAAGAGUGGGGUUUUUUUGGUUUGCUAAGACGAGAUAAA